AUGUCUCGCAGAAGCGGUGCCACCACCGCUGGUCAAGAAGAGACUUCCGUGCAGCCUUCCAACAACGCACAAUCGAAGCAAGCAAUGUUGUUAGCACAGGAUACCGGGCAUUUCAGCUUGGUCAAAGCUCUGCACCUGGCUGAUCUAAUUACUGAAUUGAAUGGCUUCUGCGGAUUCAUGUCUGUCCUCUCCUCGAUGCGCUACUGCCUUUCCGACCCCAAAGAUUUGACAAACUUGUGGCUCGCUUUGGGGUUUAUGCCCUUUGGGCUGUUCUUCGACUUUUUCGAUGGCAAGGUUGCAAGAUGGAGGAAGAAGUCUUCGUUGAUGGGACAAGAAUUGGACUCGCUGGCUGAUCUGAUCUCAUUCGGAGUGGCUCCAGCUGCUGUGGCCUUCGCCAUUGGAUUCCGGACCAACAUUGACCAACUCUUCCUCAGCUUCUACGUUUUGUGUGGCUUGACCAGACUUGCGAGAUUCAAUGUUACGGUUGCAAUGCUCCCAAAAGACAAGACUGGCAAAUCACAAUAUUUCGAAGGAACUCCAAUCCCAUUUGCAUGCUUGACCAGCUCUGCAAUCAUGGCGACCUGGACCUCAUUUGGGUGGAUUCAUGAUUCCAUACCAGUCGGAACCGUUCUCGCAGGAACUCCAUUCGAGUUUCACCCAACAGUACUGCUCUUUGUCUUGAACGGGUCUCUGAUGAUUAGCAAGACACUGCACGUUCCCAAGCCAUAA